AACUACGCGGACGAAGUCGCGGGCAACAGCUAGUAAUAAAUAAGCAGAACCGUUCCGUAGCCACGAAAAAAUUACAAGUUUUUAUAGUCUAUGCAUUGAAUUGACAGAUCCUCCUCGCUCCCCUGCCCCUCCAAACAUCGUUUCCAAAACCUUUUCUUCUGUAUUACUAAACAUUCUUAAUCGUUCGAUCCGUGUUGCAAGUGCAGUCGCGCUCGUCUUCGUAGCUUUUAAAUUUUGUCGAGUUUGUUAUAUUAAAACUGUUGUCUUUAUAGAAAAAAAAUAGUUGUUUAACUUUUAUUUAGUUGUAUUAUUUUUUGGUUAAACAUGGAAUCGCGCGGAGACGAAGAAAAUAACUAUAGCGACGUUAUUGAAAGUCUCAUGAACAUGUUCGGUAAUGUCUUGAGCAAAGAUGUGAUUUCGGCGGUUGUUGAGAGCUGUUCCGGUGAUCUAAAUCUCUCAGCGGAUGCCAUAGCCGACAUCUCGACAGAUGGGAAUACCCUGAUCAAGGAUGAUAUAGCACCGUCAACGUUGCAUGAAACUUCAAAGCAGUCUGAAGAUAUAUUAAACCAAGAAACUAUAGAAACCUGCAAAAUGUCAACUGAACAUGGAAAUCUUCAAAAAAAAGAAGAGGGGCCGUCUGGAAGCGGUCUCCAGCAAACGCGAGAUCAGCAUGCUCCUACUCCGUCAACUUCAUUUGAUCCGGGCCAGAGUCAUCAAAAUGAACCACCAACUGAAGUGAAUCUAUCUGCGGACGCCAUAAUGGAUAUAACAGGCGACGGGAAUGUAAUUAACGUCCAAGACGAAGAACCUUCCGACAAUCAAAACCCAGCAGUAGCAACACAGCCAAGCCUUCCGUCAGUUUCUUAUUCUACAGCCGCUCAAGCUCCACAAAAUACCGGUGCCAUCCCUAAGAACACACAAUCCCAACAACAACAAAAACAUCCCGUAUGGAGUGAACAAGUCAGAAAUAUUUUAAGAAAUCACAAUGAGGGCAAUAGAAUUUUAAUUAUCAUGAGGGGUCUCCCUGGGAGCGGGAAAACUCAUUUAGCUAAGCAGUUGGUAAAUAUGAUGGUUGGCCCCAACAACAGCUACAAAGCCCACAUUUUCAGCACGGACGACUUCUUUAUGGUUAGGGGUCAAUACCAACACGAUAAAUACAGGUUGUCAGAAGCUCAUGAAUGGAACCAUAAUCGGGUUGCUGAAGCGACUAAGAUGGGAGUAAGUCCUGUUAUUGUCGACAACACGAACGUCGAGCUGUGGGAGAUGGAACCAUAUUUAAAAUUUGGAGUGCACAAUGGGUAUAUAAUUGAAGUGAUGGAACCGACCACGCCCUGGGCUAAAAAAAUAAAUCAAUUAGCUAAAAAGAACACCCACAACGUUCCCCUGGCUUCUCUGAAAAGAAUGUCUGAGAAUUAUUGUCUAAAUAUCACGGGUGCGAGUUUAAAGAAAGCCUAUGGGUUAUCGUAUCCUUCGAACAUGGUACCUCCUGUAAAGCGUAACAUGCCAUUGAUUACUUCGCCGGCAAACAAAUCUAAACCUGUAAGCAAGGAAUCUAGGAACUCGUCUCCAAUUGGUAAUGUUUCGAAUAUAGAGUCAGCCUCAUCACCGGUAUCAACAGAUGGCAAUCUGUCGCAACGAGAUGCGUGUAGCACAGCAAAUGAAGAACAAGAAAUUAAUAAAGAAGUGCCUACUGUCAAUGACUUGAUUGAAAUCGACGAAGAUCAAAGGCCUUCGGAAACAGACAGUCUUCGUGAAAAUACAGAUGGUGAUUUGUUAGCUGAAGAGCAAGAAAAGCGCAAGUUAUAUUUAGAGGCUCAGAGGAGAUUAGAGGAAAUUGAAAAAGUCGAAAAUGAAUGGGGAAAAUGGUGAAGAAUGGGAUUCCGGCGAACAAGCCUCUGCUUCUGGAACGCGAAGAACAAUCAAAUCUAACGAAGCGAUUAAAACACCUGCUGCUUCGCAAAUUGCUUCCGUGUUUGAAGCUAAACCACAAAGGCAGUCCCUCAAUUCAUCACCUAGAAUUCAAAAUUACAGCCAAGAAUCACAGGACUCUAUGAUGCAGACAGUCAAUGAAUGCCAAGACUGGAGUAAAAUAUCGAUGUUUAUGCCACCGUGGACUGACACAGCCGCUCCAUCAUCUUCUAAUGCAAAUGAAAAACUUCC